GGCUGCGCCGCCCGGCCCAGCGCGGCCUCCUGCGCCCUCCGCCCCGUGACGCCCCCGGGGUGGCAGCGGCUACGCUGGCGGAGGUAUGUCAGAACACAGGAAUGAAUCCACAGCACUUGAUGAAAUUCAUCCAGCUGGAGAAGAGGUCCAGUCUUACUCUGAGGAAGGUGCAAUGGCUCAGGAAUCUCCCAGAAAUUCAGCAGCUGAAAUUCCUGUGACGAGCAAUGGACAGCUGGAAGAUUCUCACGAGCACAGCUUUAACAGGGACUUGAAACGUUCAUUACCAGCUGGACUUGGACUCUCUGAAACCAAAAUAACGUCUCAUGACUUUGACAGCACCAAAGAGGGAGUUGUUGAAGCAGGACCAUUUCCAGGGAAAGGUUCCUCAGCAUCACCCAAAUCAACUGUUAUAUCUGCCAGCAGUGCAGCAGCUAGCAGACUGGCUGGACAAGGUUGUGAUUUAAUUAUUCCCACAGGGAGUAGAGCUCAGCAGAAGAGUGGACCUGUUGUGUUAGCAGAUGAAGUGAAGAAUCCAGCAAUGGAGAAGUUGGAAUUGGUGAGGAAAUGGAGCCUAAAUACUUACAAGUGUACACGUCAGAUCAUCUCUGAAAAACUGGGUCGUGGCUCAAGAACAGUAGAUCUGGAAUUGGAAGCUCAAAUAGAUAUACUGAGAGAUAACAAAAAAAAGUAUGAAAAUAUCUUGAGACUGGCACAGACUCUGUCUACACAGCUCUUCCAGAUGGUACAUACCCAAAGGCAACUUGGAGAUGCUUUUGCUGACCUGAGUUUGAAAUCAUUGGAACUUCAUGAGGAGUUUGGCUACAAUGCAGAUACGCAGAAACUUCUAGCUAAAAAUGGAGAGACUCUUCUCGGGGCUAUUAACUUUUUUAUUGCCAGUGUGAAUACAUUGGUGAAUAAAACAAUUGAGGAUACAUUAUUGACUGUGAAACAAUAUGAAAGUGCCAGGAUUGAAUAUGAUGCUUAUCGAACAGACCUGGAAGAACUGAAUCUUGGCCCUCGUGAUGCAAGCACUCUACCAAAGAUUGAGCAAUCACAACAGAUGUUUCAAGUGCAUAAAGAGAAAUAUGACAAAAUGCGUAAUGAUGUAUCUAUCAAAUUGAAAUUUCUGGAAGAAAAUAAGGUGAAGGUCUUGCACAAUCAGCUUGUCCUGUUCCACAAUGCUAUUGCAGCAUACUUCGCUGGGAAUCAAAAGCAGCUUGAACAGACACUUAAACAGUUUCACAUCAAAUUGAAAACUCCUGGAGCAGAUGCUCCAUCCUGGCUUGAAGAACAGUAAUGAGAGAAGAGGACCCAAUGUUAACCUAAAAUCUUUAAUAAGAAUUAAGGGUUGGGGUUGGAGGACUGUUAUAGUGAUUCUUGCACAGAGAGCUUUAAUUUUUUUUUUUCCCUUUUAUGACAUUGUAAAACUGAAUUUGUUGGGAAAAUGGGUAACUUUAAGGUAACUAAACAUAAUUUCUAUCAUUUCAAAUACAGAGCACUCGUUUUGUACGUGAAGGCUGGUGAUUACUUCUGUAGCUGGGAUGGGGGGAGAGGGAGGGAGGGGAAAAAAAAAAACUAUAUGGAUUUGCACUGACAAAUUAUGUUUGUGAUUUCUGGUCAUUUUGGUGGCUAGUCAGAAUAUUUCCAAAUGGAGAUUUACAUGAUUUGUACCAACAUCUGGUAUUUUAUAGACAAAUAGAGAAAACAUCUUUAAUAAUUUUCAUAUGACUUUUAAAAAGGAGAGAGUUAAAAGAAUAUUUUGCAAAUUAAUAAUAUGAGGCUUGUAUGCAGUACAUGCGUGUAAGGCAGCAGUAGCGGUUGGCUCUGACUAGUACAAUUGUAGCAGAUGCCUUUUUAAAAGAUGUACCUUUCCAUUGUAGAGAUAAAAAAAAAAAAAAAAAAAAAAACACUAAAGCAAGAAUCACUGGCAGUCUGAGGCUUCUAAGCACACAUCUUUGCUUUGCACCAAGUGGUUUGCUGAGUGAAGCCAACCAUACGAUGUACUAAUCUCAUUUAGAAUCUUACUUUAUGGGAAAAGAAAAAACAACCAUACUAGCCUUAAAUCACAGGUAUGUGCCUUUUUAUAAGAUAUUUUCAACCAGUGUACAUGAUGCAAAAACCCUUUUCAUGUAAACAGUUUGUCGGUUCCCAGCAUGGGAAAGGAGACUAUAAAUGCUGUUUAUUUGUACUUAGAACAAGUAAAAGCUUUAGUUGACCUUCAUGGGCAGUUAGAAUUUUGAGUGAGGAGAUUGGGCCAGUAUGAUUUUUCUGUUUAAUUGAAAAGCAUACUUCAGUAAUGAGAGCAGUGUGGAGGAUACUUCUUUUUAAUUUCUCCGUCUGUAGUGUAGUCAAAUGUAAAAUUCUGUCAGUUUUAUCAUAUCCAUUUUAAAUUCAGUUUAUUGGAGUCCUCAUUUGCACAUGUUACGUUGCUUUGUGUUCUAUGAAGUAAAACUGAAAUACUUCAGAUAUGUUAUUUACAACUGUGUGGAUUGUAUGAUUUAUGUACUGUAUGUUCAAAUGCCUUUCAGCUGACAUUCUUAAAGUUUUCAGUGCUUAACAGAAUUGUAAUGUAACGGUAAAUCAAACUUUUUAAUCAUUCCUCAUUAAAUUCUUGGCCUGACAGUCUUCUUUAUGUUUUGAUUCUGUCAGAAUCUCUUGUAAUAGUUAGUUUACAUUCCCCAGAACGUAUAUCCGAUGUGAAUUUUGUAUUCAUAUUAAAGAUGUUUGCAGCCAAA